GUCACCCGUCAGGGCAGGGAGCCCGCGUGUAAAACACAGGGUCAUCGCUACAGAAAUUGCUUAAACGUCCCCGCGUUCCUCUCGGUCCCCACUGCGAGUCCGCUGUCGGCGGGGCGGCACUGCCGUACGCGGUGCUCGGUGAGAGCCGGCGAGUCGCCGUGCGGCACCGCGGAGUGGGAGCCCCAAUUCGGCGAACGGACGGGAUCCUCAGCGCUGGGACUAAAAGAUUCAGAUAUGUCCUUCAUAUUUGACUGGAUUUACAGUGGCUUCAGUAGUGUAUUACAGUUCUUAGGACUGUACAAGAAAUCAGGCAAACUAGUUUUUCUUGGACUGGACAAUGCUGGAAAAACUACACUGCUGCACAUGCUCAAAGAUGACAGGCUGGGACAGCAUGUCCCCACACUACACCCCACUUCAGAAGAGCUGACAAUUGCUGGUAUGACUUUCACUACUUUUGAUCUGGGUGGACAUGCUCAAGCUCGCAGAGUGUGGAAAAACUAUCUGCCUGCCAUCAAUGGCAUUGUGUUCUUGGUGGACUGCGCAGAUCAUGACAGACUGCUUGAAUCAAAGGAAGAGCUCGAUUCACUAAUGACAGAUGAAACUAUUGCUAAUGUGCCUAUCCUAAUCCUUGGUAAUAAGAUUGACAGACCUGAAGCCAUCAGUGAAGAGAGGUUACGAGAGAUGUUUGGUCUGUAUGGCCAGACAACAGGAAAGGGCAGUAUACCAUUGAAAGAACUGAAUGCAAGGCCACUAGAAGUGUUCAUGUGCAGCGUGCUAAAGAGACAAGGCUAUGGAGAAGGAUUCCGUUGGAUGGCACAGUACAUUGAUUAAUGCCAAGAUCACAUUAGUGCAUCCUGUCCCAUGUCUGAAUAUUAAGUCUGCUCCUUAUUUGAUCACUCGGUGUACACAACUUGGAUUCAUUUGACUGUUUAGUUAUAAAAGCAUCCAUUUUUACAUAAUUGUAUCUCCUAUGCUAAAUUGUAAGUGUGAGGAUUGAGACAUUCUUUCAAGCAAGUUUGUAAGUUGAAGUACCACCACAUGUUAGCUUUCUAAUCCCAUACAGCAUUCUUUUGCAACAUUUAAUUUAACAAGUCUCCAGCACCAUUUUUGGACAGAGCAACUUUCCAGUACAGUAUGUUUGAAUGCACUUUUUAACAGCUAAAAACUGCAAACGUGAGAAAUAUUUAAUGCUUAUCAUGUUAAAUUUUUUUAUGUACUUUUUUGAAACUGGUUUUAUAACUUUAGAGUAUAUAACCAUCUUUCAAGGAAUAAUAAAUAAUUAGCUGAUGGAUAAUUGCAUGAUGCCUUACAGUUUUCAAUAAUAUACUUUCUUAUGCAACGUCAUGCAAUAAAUUUAAAUCCAGUUUUUGGCAACUUUAAUGGAAAAUGUUUCAUUUUAAUGUGUCUUAACUAGUGAGGCUGUCUGACGAUCUGAAUAUGGGGGAUGUUUUCCCGAAGCACAGAAGGCCACAAAGUACUUUCAUUGUAUAUUGGAGAGUAAACUGUUUCCUUCAGACUACCAAAUUGCAUUUCCUUUAGGAUUUUACAUUAAUGGAACUCUAAUCUGAUGCCCUUAUAACUACCACCUUUAAAAAGUACAGAUCAUGGAAAUCAGUUGUGCCGAUGCAGAUCUUGAACUAAUGUAAAAAGCGGUCUUACUCUGCUGGUACCUUGACUUACACCCCUGAAAUGACACAGAAAUUACAAUCACCAUUAGUGCUACACUGAAUUGUUCUGUUCUUGGUUUCAGUAGAUUUGGAUUCUGCCAGAAGAUUUGUCUGUGACAUUGCCAGAAACAAAACAAAUCGCUGCUGUCGCUUGUGAAAAUGUGUCAGCCCACCCCUAAUUGGACAGUUUUAUUUUGGUGUUCUGAGUUGGAACAAGAUGGAUUGUUUUCUGCAGUUUUGCCCUGAAGCUCGGUCAGAAUGGCAGUUGUUGCGUGCCCAGGUGGCUUGUUUCUGGGGUCAAAUUCCAUUAUCUUCAGUGCAUGUUUCCAGACUUUUGACUGUUUUUUCCCCACCUCCCAGUGCAUUCGCUCCCUGAGCAGGUUAUUUUCUAAGAAGGAGAGGUGACGCACGUAAAUAUAUGGACAUCUUGUUGACACUGGCUGACAUUGCCAUGGAACUGUGAUUUGUGUUUCUGUGUGCAGCAGAUGUAGCUGAUGAAGGUAGGGCUUCAGCCCUGGGAUCGUUGUUUCGCUGCGGUGGGUUUGGCUUUCACUGUGCAGUGUGUUUCACCUUUGCUCUUCCACUUUUCACAAGGGUGAAAAGUAUUGAACUGCUACAGAUGUUCUUACAGAAUCCCAGGGCUGGGGCUGCUUUUUACUCACUGUUGUCGAACUUCUCUAAAAUGCUUUAGGCCCUGUUUCUUCAACAUCAGUAGCAGCAAACAAAUUUCUGUCUCUCUUGGUUUCGUACAUAAUUUUCUCUCUUAAACCACUGAGUUUGAAUCUCGUAUUUUAAGCCUGCAGACUUUAAAUGUGAGCCCGUAGUCUCUAAAUAGGCACAUGGUGAGUAAAUAAGGGGUACUCCCCUCCCGGAUCAGGGCUUGUGUGAUUAAAUAAUGAUGAUGGUUUCCCCUCAGUCCAAGGUUGUGCGUCUGAAUCAGAUGAAUAAUCCAUAACCUAAUAUAGACGAUAGCUGGCACUAGUUACAGCACAAUCUUGCAAAAUUUUAAGCAUACUUUGUGCGUGGUGAAGAACAGAAGUGAGGCUGUGGGGUAGAUUGACCAGCAUGAGUUGAUCCUGCCUUUAAACCAGUGCUUUGCUGCAGAGCAGUGCCUCCGCGUUGCACAAGUCGAACAGUAGAUAAGAAAUGUCAUCUUACAGGUGUGUAGACAACAUGCGAGUCUUUGCUCACAUGAUGGGGAACACAGAUUUUUCCCCACCCCACAUGUUUUUCUCAUAAUGGUUAUAAUGCAACAGUGUAAAUAUUCAGAACUGCUUCUUGCGGUCACGUAGCUGUGUUGAAGGGGGAGACUUGGGACUGUGCUGCCUGUGUUGAUGGAAAUGAAGCUGGAAGUGGAGUUGUGCUGCUCUCGUGCUCCUCUCUGAGUGGGGAGUGCCUGCAGACCCCUUCCAUAGGCUGAGCCAUUCCACGGGUGUUGGAAGAGAGAGGGGACCUCUUCAGCUGCCACUCAACCUACUGUGAAUAACAUGAGCUGUAAGGAGAGGGCUGAUAGUCUGAAGAGCUAAAAAAGACCAGAGGUGAUGCUGCUUUAAAAGUGUGUGAAGGGUAAUUCUUAGCGUUACAGAAGUACUCAGAUUUCAUGUUUCAUACGGUGAGAUGCUAGUUUAAAUGUGGUUGUAAUAAGGGCAUGAAGAAAUUUGGACCUUUUGUUUUCUGUCUGGGUAUCGUAAUGGUUCCCACUGUGGGAACAGCUGAACAACAGUCACCAAUAAUCUCACUGUUCUUUCUGGAGAGGAAAUAUUUCCUCUGUAGUUUACAUUCUGUUGUGCACAUGAAUGUGAAUGGAUGUUGUGUAUCUUUGUGUGAAGACUUUAUUGAUAGAAAAAUACACUCGUGAGAGUUCUUCUGGUGGUUUUCAUCCCCACCACCCCUCCAUCUCCUGUACCUUUAUUUCUGGAGGUUGCUUAUUGCUGUGACUGUGACCAGUCCUACUAACUUACAAAAGAAGCAACGUUCACAUCUGGGUCUGACUUUUGUGAAUUACGUUUGCACUCUUGACUAUGCAGAUUUCAAUUAAGCAUCACUUUAAAGAACGUGAAAAAGAAAAUUCAUUGAUAACUGUGUUAUUUGUGGAGUCUCAAAUUUGCUUUUGCACCACAACAUUAAAACAAAUGAGUGCAGAUUUCUAAAAUACUAACAACAACUGCAGACAAAACGGCCCAUAUUUCACUGCAGUGACCCCAUAUAGGAGCAUCUGUGAGUUGAAUAACAUUUAUUUUGCUUGGAUUUAAUUAGACACUGGUUUUAGUAUGCACUGUGCAACCGAGGGCCAUUGCUGCAUUUCAGUCUUAGUUUAAUUCAUUUUUGUAGCAACAUUUAUUGGCAUUGGAGGUGGGAAAGAUCUGUGACUGUUCUCAUUUACCCUCGUCCAGACCAAGACUAUUUCAUGAAGUGUAUUAUCUCAUGCUGUAUUCAGUGUUCAGGUACUGUCUAUGAUGUGCCAAAGAUGACCUAUGGCAUUCACUGGAAUAUAAUACCUGCAUGUACGCGAGCUUUGCCGUGUUUUCAUAGUUGGAAUUCAGCAGCAAAUCGAGCAUUUGACAUCUGCUUGUUUGUAACUAAACUCAACUCAGAAAAACGAUAUUGUUGUUCUUCAGUCCCAGUGAAUUCACAGGUCUGCUUCAAGUAGAGUUGUUCUCUCUCAUUUGUACUGUCAGCGUGUUUGGUUGUCACCAACCAAAGUCCAAUAUUUCUAUCGACUACAACAUGCUCAGCCGCAGUGUAAAUACUGUAAUCAUGAGUUAUGGACUUCUGAGAUGCAUUACAAACAGCCUAAUCCAUUGGCUGUCGGUGGGGACGUGUAACUUAUUUGCACUUAGAUAAACCACUUUUGCACUAGUAUCUCAGCGUGGAACUAAACAUUUUCUGUUUUGAAAUGUAAGUGCUCUGAAUGUUUAAAAGCAUAAUUUAUAUAAUAAACUGCAGAGGAAGAACUAAAGAUGAAAGUGGUCUUAAACAUGUCCUUAAUGUGGUGUUUCUUAUUAUUUGUGUUGUCACAUCCCAGGCUUAAAAUGUAAGUAUCAGAAAAUAAAGUUCUGUGUUGGGAUUUGAAGAAAAGGAGUUCAAAGCAGGUAAUUCUUGUCAAAUAAUUACACUGUCCAUGGGCAAGAAGAAGUGUUCUGGCAUAGCACACAUUCUGGUAGUGACUGGGGGGGGUUUCAGCUGGCUGUAAUAGCAGCUCAACCUGUUCUUCAUCAGUAUUUCUGUUCAUGUCUGCAUGGAAGCAGAUCCUUAAUGCAGAAAACAUCACCAAAAAAAACCCACCACCAACAAAGAAGCAUCAUGACAUUACCUUUGUUGUGAUAUUUAAGUGGGAUAGAAGGAUCCAGUUUUACAAACAGUAACUGUCUUUACAGCCUUGAUGCGGUUUUCAUUCUAGGAUCUCAGGGCUUUUUCAUGCAAAUGCUGCCUAGCCAUCGUCGUGCUGCAGAGGGCUCUUGCCCUUGAUUAACCGUGAGGAAAACAAAGUCCAGAAGGAACUUGUCAUACCUGGUCACUGCCUGAGUGAAGGGAGCGCACAGAGCCACCAGCAGCAGUCUGAAGUGGAGCAGUGCCUCAGUGAACCUGCCUCAGUGAACCUGCACCCUGCUUGCCCGUGUUCUAGAGAGAAGAGGAAACGUUUGCUGUGCAUUUGCUCUCAGCAGUGCAACUGUGCUUGAGCACCCAAACCUGGGAGUCCCCUGGCAGGGGUGUGCUGUGACCGCUGUCAGUCUGGGAAGGGAUCAGUCUGACUCUUGCUGUGCUGUGUCCUGGUGGGGAAGCUGAGCUGUUGAUGGCAUUUGCUCCUUGGCAGCUAAUGGCUGGGGACAGCUGUGGGACAGAGGAAGGAAGAAAUCAUCUGGGUUGAAACGUGGGCCCCUUGUCAGAGAGCAAAAGGGGAGAACAGUGGAGCAUCCCAGUGCUGGGGGCAUCGCUUUGGGUUUCUGACCAGAGAUAAGCAUGAGCUGCAGGAUGUUGGAUGGGAUUUGGGGCUCUUGUGACUGCUGGCACUCAGAGCCAGGCUUUGAGCUGAGAUGUUUGGUUCCAGCCCAGGGCCUGGACGCCAUUUCCUCACUGCUUUCCUGGAGCAGGAUCCUGGGUUGGGUUCAACUCCGUGGAGCUGUGGAAGGAAGGCUCCUGGAUGUGCCACCACUCGUCUUGCUGUUGAAACUAAGGAAUUUAAAGCAAACCUUUUGGAAGCAAUGUUACUGAGAUGCAUUAGUACAAAAUUGCAGAGGACAUCCAGUGAAAGUGCUCAGUAGGUUCUAAGGGAAAAAUCAGAGAAAAGGAAUCUGCUGGGGAGAGAGAAAUCUUUUCUUUUACUGCGAGUAAACACGUGGAGGGGAAGCUGUGUGGCCACAGCCGGAGAGCAGCUGGAGCUCUGGGUGCUGCUGGGGGCACAGUGCUGGGGCACAGCGGGAGGAGGCAGAGCUGACGGCACCACAUAAGAUUUUAUAGAGCCUGUGCUUUUUUAUGGGCAUCUGAGAUGCUUUUAGAGCUGGCCUAAGGAUGACGGGUGUUCCUAUGGAUCCAGCCCUCCCGUUGGCUGCCUCCCACCCAUUGCUCUCCGUGCAGCUCCAGCACACAUCCCCGGGAGGAGCGGUGAUGCGAUGGCUGUGCCUGGAAGUGUGUCUGCACAGAGAGCACGGCUGUGAUUUGCACUUCUUUUAUUUUACUCCUCCUCUAGUCCUGCCAUCUGCUGUUACUACUUCUGUAAUGCCAUUUUGUUUCCUCAUCUCAAACUUGAAUUGUCUCCUCAGUUUCAAAAGCAGCAUGACUUUUUUUAUUUUUUCCCCCAGGCUGCUUUGGGGAGCUUUCAUUUCUCAAGAGGUUGAUGCUUGAAAUCCCAGGAAUGGGGAAGGCGGUUGGAGCGCCUGGGUGGGUGAGACAUCAGCAGCCCCUGGGGGUGCUUUGGGACAGCAGAUCACAGCCAGAUCCUUGGGCUGACGUUGGAUGUUUCCCUCGUUUUGUGGUAAGUUGGAAGUUUGUUUUUUUUUUGUUUUUUGGUUUUUUUUUUUAGAGCUUUUUAUUAUUCAUCUGUUGCAAUCAUGGCAAACGCAUCAUUUCACAGCCCUACAUGGAAAUCCAAAGCCAGGGAACUAUUUUUAGAGCACUAAAUGCCUCCCCUCGACGUAUUCACUGUGGAAGAAUAAAUACCAAAGGCGCUCUUGUCACAUCUGAGGUGGUUACAUAGCAGCACAGCAGUGGCUGUAAUGGGGAAAGAAAGCAACGUUGUGCCACCAGCACUUCAUUAAACACAAUGAAGAAGAUCCUACUGCGAUCCUUCCAGGGGAAGCUGAGGGGAAAUUCAUUCACUUCCACAUCCAUCGCUGCGGAUUUACGGGGACAUCUCCAUCCCACUGGUGUUUCAGAGAACAGAAGCGUUUGGGUAGGAAAGAGCUCUCAGAUCCCCCAUCCAACCCCAUCCCUCCACCGUAGCCACGUCCCCACGUGCCACGUCUCCAUGGCUUGGGAGCACCUCCGAUGCCCAGCGAUGGAAAUUCAGUGCAAACCCUUUGGGCAGAGAUACCCACACCACUCAGUGGCACAGAGCACGCCGAUAUGCACGCACACGUAAAACACUGCUUUAUUGACUGCAUUUGCCAACACAUUGAGGAAUGCAAAGGUUUCGUUUUGUUGUUUCGGUUUUGUUUUUCUCUCAUAAGCCAUGGGCCAUGGUCCCAAUGUGUAUUAAAGCAUACACUGUACCUAAACAGGAUGAAAAUAAUGGCAGACAGAGCUAUUCCAAGGCAACACAAAGAGCAUGCAUAAUACAGUCUCACACAGAACGAGUCUGAUAACAUUAUAUUGCUUUAAGGAUUAACUAACAUGGAAAAUGUACAAAAAGGAGAAAUAGGUUUUUGCAUUAAUGAAAAAUACAUUUUUUUUUUCUCUACAAAGGAAUUUCUAAUACAAGAAAAUAAAUAUUGCAACAUAAGCCAAAAAUAAUUUAAAAUUGCUCUUUUCAAUAUAUUUUCAAUAUUUCUCUUUUCUAUUAACAAAUGGCACAUCACGUUCUUUGAAACAAAGAAAACAGAAGGGUUUCCUCCUCCUGCGACAUUCAUAUCGUUUCCUGUGACUGACGUGGGGUGGGUCUGGGCUGUGUGCGGGUGGAGCAAACGGGGCGACCCGGAGGAACCAACAGCCCCAGGCACGGCCAGAGGGGCGAAGGAUGGAUGGGUUUGGGUUUGGGGAGCGGGGCUGUGAGCGGGGCUGAGCCAGCGCUGUGCUGGUGCCGGGGCUGCUGGAUGGGGCCGCCCCGCUGCCGAGGCGACGGGCGCUCUUACAGUGCAAACUGCGGUUUAUACAUCUGAAAAGACAAUAUUUUUCUCUAGCAAAAUAAACCCCUUAGAUUCUCUUUCGUCUCAAAAUACAUUUUACAGCAUCAUCAAAAACAAAAUACGGCCCUUUGUGCAUCGCUCUCAUCACGCAGCCCCCCCGCUCCUCCCGACCCAGUGCCGAACCGCGCGGCUGGGGCUGUUCCGCAGGGUCCCCCGUUUGCUUUCCUGUACUGAGAAGACGAGGAGUGCAGAAGCCGAUGAGUGGAGCUGUGUACAGUGAAAAGUUGUGGAUUGCUUUUGUUUAACCAUAACUGAGUGAAGCACACGGAAGCAAGAUUCAUUAAAAGGCAGCAUAUUGAUUAUUGGUAUGACUCUUAUACUAGGAUACUGUAGCUAAAGCUAGCAAGCCUGAUAAGAUAAACUAAGUCCUAUUUACUGUAUUUAACAUUAUCUGAACAUACCGAGCCUUAAUUAAUGAGCAGAUUUUCACCUCCAACCUCGGUGGAUGAAUUGCUAUGGGAGGUGGUUCCCGUUUGGCCGAUCCGUGGUUCUGCUCCCCGCGGUGCAGCCGUGCUCUGGGUGCUCCAUCCCAGCUCGGGGGGCACCCGGGGCUGCGUGCUGCCUGGGGUCAGCCGGGCUGCAAUCUGACCGCUAGUAAGGACUCUCUGAAGGCUGAUAAAGCUCAUCUACUCUAAAACACCGGGACAGUCGGUUAAAGGAGUCUCAGAGUAUCAGAAGAAAGCUCACAGUGAAAUGAGCAAAAAGCACUGGAAAUCAAAACGGAGGGGCGUGGGCUCAGCACCCCUUCAGCAAGCUUGGAACCUAACGCCGCAGCAGUGUGCAUGAGUGUGUCUUUAGUCCUUGGUUGCUAAAUAACUCCCAAUUGUUCCUAGUGACAAGUUUCCAGUUUCUGGCUGUGCUGCUCGACUGUCAACGUAUUCUUUGGCAUCCACAAAAAAGAUUUGACUGUUCUGUUGGACAACUGUAGUAAGGUUUUCUGUUUGAAGUGAUGGGUUUAACCAGUUGCAGAAGUGUCCCAGGUUAGUUAGUUUCUUUUUUUUUUUUUUUUUUUUCUUUUUUAAACAUUUUUUAUUAUUAUUUUUAAAAAACAACAACAACAAAAGUUUCAGUGAAUUCCUUUUUUUUUUUUUUUGUUCCCUGAGCUCACACUGGGGUCACUCCAAUAAAACACGUAGCGCGACUUCACUGUGACCUUUGAAGCCAAAACUGAAGUAAUGGUGCAAUUAAGUGCAAACACGGAAAUUCGCCUGACUCGUCGGUAACAUGGGCUUUGAACAACAUUUAAGGCUUAUUGGGGACAUUUUAUGCAUUAAAUUAUUGUCAUAUUUAUAAUGUCAGCUUCUGUGAAUCACCCUCCCACAAGGAAUCAACAGCUCGUAACCAGGAUUUAAGGAAUAAAACAAAAAAACAAAAAAAAAAAA